UUCACCCUGAGACAUGGCUGCGGCUUCUUAGGGAGCCGCCCAGCAAGCAGCUCACCCCUCAGCCCAACCCUUUGCUCCUUUUUAGAGGAUUCCCUGGCAUGACCUAAGGGGCCUUUCUUCACAUCCCUCCAUCCCACAAAGCAGAAUCCACAGAGGGUGCUUUGUAAAGUUGUUUCAGGGACCCACCACAGCCAAGAUGAAUCCCAAUGAAGAAAAAGUAAAAAUAAUCACAGAGGAGUUCACUGAAAAUGACGAGGAUGCGCAGGUGAGAAGGCAGAAGAAGAAGUCAAGGGCUCAAAGACAACAAAGAAAGAAGCAGCCCCGGACCCCAGGCCCGGAGGAAAUGGUGUCUGAGAACUGUCAUGUUGGUCCCCCGCUGGAGCCCGGGGAGGAGAAGCCAGACACUCAUCUCCUGAGUACCACAGCCCGCAGGGGCCCGCGGAGCUUACCUCCAGUUCCAUCAACUUCCAGAACAGGCUUUGCAGAGUUUUCCAUGAGGGAGCGCAUGAGGGAGAAGCUUCAGGCUGCAAGGUCCAAGGCAGAAAGUGCAUUGCUACAGGAAAUCCCUACUCCAAGACCCAGGCGCCUUCGAAGUCCCAGUGAGAGAGAAUCAGAGACUGAAUUUGGCACAGAGCCAAGUAAAGAGAUACAAGGGACUCAACAAGAAGAUGAUCUUAAGAGUUAUACAAGAGUUAAGUUCCAUGAUUCUGUACGAAAACUCAAGUCAAAGUCCCAGGCUCCGCCUGGCUUCCCUUCUGCAGAAGAGGCCUAUAACUUCUUUAUAUUCAACUUUGAUCCUGGGCCAGAAGAACAAGAAGAAAAACCAACAGUAAUAUGUAGAGACGGAGCUAACCAAGAGGAGGAGGAAGGGGAGGAAGAAGGCCCUGCACAGACAGGAGACGAAACGGGUGAGGAAGGGCUGCUAGAUGGCAAGGAUGCUGAGGACUUCCUAUUGGGCUUAGAUCCCACAGCCCACAACUUUGUGACAGUCAGAGCAGCAGAGUACGAAAGCACCCACAUUCGGCUGCAGAAGGAAAAAGAAGUCCUCUUCGUACCCAGCCGGCUGACAGUGCCAACCUAUAAAAAGCUUCCUGAGAAUGUGCAGCCUAGAUUCUUGGAAGAUGAAGGUCUGUAUAUUGGGGCAAGACCUGAGGUGGCACGCAACAAUCAGAACAUCAUGGAGAACAGACUGCUGAUGCAGGAGUCCGGAAGGAAGUGGUUUGGAGAUGAUGGCAGAGUCCUGGCUCUGCCCAGCCCCAUCAAGCCAUCUCCCUCGAGGCCGCCCCAGUUCACGCAGGAGCUGAGCAACAAGGCAGAGCUGGAAACACUCUACAAAAAGGCAACAAAAUACAUACACAGACAUCAGCAUAUGAUUGGCUCUGGAGACCCUCCUGGGAAUUUCCAGCUGGACAUCGACAUUUCAGGGCUAAUCUUCACUCAUCAUCCCUGUUUUAGCCGAGAGCAUGUUUUGGCAUCCAAGCUGGCCCAGUUAUAUGACCAAUAUCUUGCAAGACACCAGAGGAACAAAGCGAAAUUCCUUACAGACAAGCUACAAGCUCUAAGAAAUGCUGUUCAGACUGGUCUUAACCCUGAAAAAUCUCAUCAUUCCCUUGAUACAACCCAAACAAACAUCAAUGAAUACAAAUCUGAAAUCCGGCAAACAAGAAAACUGCGUGAUGCUGAACAAGAGAAAGACCGGACGCUGCUAAAGAACAUCAUAAAAGUUUGGAAAGAGAUGAAAUCCCUUCGAGAGUUCCAGAGGUUUACAAAUACACCCCUGAAGCUUGUGCUGAGAAAGGAAAAAGUUGAUCAGAAAGCAGAUGAGGAAGCAUAUGAAGCAGAAAUACAAGCUGAAAUAAAUGAAUUGUUGGAAGAGCAUGCAGAAGAGUAUGCACAGAAGAUGGAAGAGUAUAAAACGUCACAUCAACAGUGGAAGGCCUGGAAGAAAGCCCAGAGGGCCAAGAAGAAGAAAAAUAAACAAGCAGCAGAAGAGAACCCUGAUGAGGAAGGUGGGGAGCCCUUUCCUGAGGAGGAGCCUGUGAAACCCAUACCCCCAGAGCCUACUGACACGGCCAUCAUAGAGCAGCAGGUGAGGGAGCGAGCAGUCCACAGCAGGAGGAGGCCAGGAGAGCCCAAGCUGGUCCCAGAGCUGACUCUGGCCGGGAACACAACGCCCAAUGAACAGUGUCCCAGGGUUGAGGUCUUGCGAAGGGAAGAUGUCAAGAGGCGCUCUGUGUAUUUAAAGGUGCUCUUCAACAACAAGGAGGUAUCCAGGACUGUCAGCAGGCAAUUAGGGGCAGACUUCCGAGUUCACUUUGGACAGAUUUUCAACUUGCAGAUAUUCAACUGGCCAGAGAGCUUAACACUUCAGGUCUAUGAAACUGUAGGGCACAGUAGUACCACCUUGCUAGCAGAAGUGUUUCUGCCUAUUCCUGAGACAACCCUUGUCACAGGAAGGGCUCCCAUUGAAGAAGUGGAGUUCAGCAGUAGCCAGCAUGUGACACUGGACCAUGAAGGAGUUGGAAGUGGAGUGCCCUUCUCCUUUGAAGCUGAUGGCAGCAAUCAACUGAUUCUAAUGACCUCGGGAAAAGUGUCCCACAGCGUGGCAUGGGCGAUUGGAGAAAAUGGGAUACCUUUAAUUCCUCCACUGUCACAACAAAACAUUGGAUUUCGAAGUGCUUUGAAGAGGGCAGAUGCCAUAUCAUCCAUUGGCACAUCAGGUCUGACAGACAUGAAGAAGUUGGCCAAGUGGGCAGCAGAAUCCAAGCUCGACCCCAAUGACCCCAACAAUGCCCCUUUGAUGCAGCUGAUCUCGAUUGCUACCAGUGGUGAAUCCUACAUCCCCAAUUUCUUUCGAAUAGAACAGCUGCAACAGGAAUUCAACUUUGUCUCAGAUGAGGAAUUAAGUAGAUCCAAACGGUUUAGGCUUCUCAGUCUUAGAAGCCAAGAGGUGCCAGAAUUCCGCAAUUAUAAACAAAUUCCAAUAUAUGACCGAGAAAUUAUGGAAAAGGUAUUCCAGGACUAUGAGAAACGAUUACGAGACAGAAAUGUAAUUGAAACCAAAGACCACCUAGAUGCUCAUAGAGCUACAGUAGCCAAGUACCUUCAGCAGGUUAGAGAAUCAGUGGUAAAUCGUUUUCUAAUUGCAAAACACCAUUUUCUUCUUACUGAUUUGGUAGCAGAAGAAGAAGUUCCCAAUAUCAGUUCUGAAGGCUCGGGCAUUUUGGGCCUGAGCCUUUUCAAGCUGGCUGAACAGAAGCGGCCACUGAAGCCACGGAGGAAAGGUCGGAAGAAGGUGACAGCCCAAAAUCUCUCUGAUGGAGAUAUAAAGCUACUGGUAAACAUCAUUCGGGCUUAUGACAUUCCAGUGAGGAAGCCUAUAGUAAGCAAAUUCCAGCAGCCAUCAAGAUCUUCAAGAACUUUCCGUGAACCACACGCGGCUUCCCCAAGUGCACACAGCCCAGCACACAGUGCUGACUACCCUCUCAGCCAGGUUUUAGUUCGGCCUUUUGUAGAAGUCUCUUUCCAGCGAACAAUUUGCCAUACAACAACUGCUGAAGGGCCAAAUCCAAGCUGGAAUGAAGAACUUGAACUUCCAUUUAGGGCCCCUAAUGAGGAUUACAGCACAGCCAGUUUACAGUCCGUGAAAGACGAUGUAUACAUUAACAUUUUUGAUGAAGUACUAUAUGAUGUUUUAGAGGAUGACCGGGAACGAGGGAGUGGAAUCCAUACCCGCAUUGAGAGACACUGGUUGGGAUGUGUGAAAAUUCCAUUCAGCACUAUAUAUUUCCAAACAAGGAUUGAUGGAACAUUUAAAAUAGAUAUCCCCCCAGUUCUUUUGGGGUAUAGUAAGGAGCACAACAUGAUCAUGGAGCGAGGAUUCGACUAUGCCCGAAGCUUGAGUGAAGGCUCCUACAUCACCCUGUUUAUUACCAUUGAACCUCAGCUUGUUCCUGCAGAGCCAGUUCGAGAAAAGUUUGAUUCUCAGGAAGAUGAGAAAUUGCUCCAAGCAACAGAGAAGUUUCAAGCUGAAUGUGCCUUAAAGUUUCCCCAUCGUCAGUGCCUUACAACAGUAAUUGACAUAAGUGGGAAAACAGUUUUUAUUACACGUUAUCUCAAACCUUUAAACCCUCCUCCGGAGCUCCUUAAUGUUUACCCCAAUAAUUCACAAGCAACUACAGAACUGGUAGCUCGGUACGUGUCCCUGAUUCCUUUCUUGCCGGACAGUGUUUCGUUUGCUGGCAUCUGUGACCUAUGGAGCACAUCUGAUCAAUUUCUUGAUCUACUGGCAGGAGAUGAAGAAGAGCAUGCAGUAUUACUAUGUAAUUAUUUUCUCUCUCUGGGUAAAAAGGCCUGGCUGGUGAUGGGCAAUGCCAUUCCUGAGGGUCCAACUGCCUAUGUGCUAUCUCGGGAAAAAAAUCAUUAUUUAAUAUGGAAUCCUUGCAGUGGGCAUUGCUAUGGACAAUAUGAUACCUUCUGUCCCUUGAAAACUGUAGGCUGUUUAAUUGGUCCUGAUAAUAUUUGGUUUAAUAUCCAAGAGCACGAUUCUCCACUAAGAAUAAAUUUUGAUGUCACCAAGCCCAAGCUUUGGAAAUCUUUUUUCUCUAGAAGCCUUCCAUAUCCUGGCCUUUCCAGUGUUCAGCCUGAAGAGCUAAUUUAUCAACGUACAGACAAAGCAGCUGUGGCUGAACUACAAGACAGGAUUGAAAAAAUAUUAAAAGAAAAGAUCAUGGACUGGAGGCCACGCCAUCUGACUCGGUGGAAUAGGUACUGUACCUCUACUCUGCGUCACUUCUUGCCUUUGCUGGAGAGUAGUCAAGGUGACGAUGUAGAAGAUGAACACAGAGCAGAACUGCUGAAACAGCUGGGAGACUACAGGUUCUCUGGAUUUCCCCUUCACAUGCCUUAUUCAGAAGUAAAGCCUUUAAUCGAAGCCGUGUAUAGCACGGGAGUACAUAAUAUUGAUGUUCCUAAUGUUGAAUUUGCUUUAGCUGUAUAUAUCCACCCAUAUCCCAAAAAUGUUUUGUCUGUUUGGAUCUAUGUUGCUUCUCUUAUACGCAAUAGGUAAUUUGUUCAUUAUUUUUAAUAUCAAUCUAAAUUGUAAUUCAUAUACUACUUUUUAAUUAUACUGAUAUGGGGAGAAAAUAUUU